AUGGCCAAGAAACGACGUCAUUUACAGGGAUCAUCAUCAACCUUGCGAACGUCUUCUGGAACAUCUCGAGACACUGCUAUUGGCUUGAAUAAAUCGCUUUAUAAAUUGGAAAGAUACUAUGAUCAAUUAAGUGAAGAAGUGGUUGACAUUCCAGCAAGUUUAGAUCGUACAGUAUUGCUUCAAAGUCUUGUGGCACUUAUCGUACAGAAUACGCUACUAGUUAUUCAGGGAGUCUCAAUAACUCAAAUUGUGCUGUUCCUUGGAAGUGCUAUCUGGAUGAUGAGGAAGAGCAUUGUGACAAUGUUUUUGCCAUAUGCUUCUCUUCAAGUUUGCCGCAUAUCUACAAUUUUUCUAAUGCUUGCUGUGUUUAAAGUGAUACUGUACUACUUUGAAUUAUUCUUGAGCACGACAGAGCUUGUGAAUUUUGCAAUAAUAUGUCAGCUGGAUGUAGCAUCGAUGUAUUUUGAUACUAAUCCUAACCGUCGGCAUGCAUACAAAACGAUCAUCGUGGCUGCAAUUGAAACGACGUUGUUGACCGCAGGGUUUUGGAAGUUUCCAUUUCAUACGAAAGCGGUUAUCAUUGAUACAACUGCAUUCAUACUUACGACAUUGUCAGCAUUCGUGCACACGGUAAUUCUGCUUACGGCAAAACAUAUUGUGCUCAGUGGCUUCAGUUUGGACACAAAUGGCAAAUUUGCAAGGACGCAACAGCGUGGAGCCAAAUUGCUCGAGAGGUUAUGGCACGAUAUAGAUUGCUCGGAAUCAGAAGAGCUCGUGGCGGGGUUUAUUGGGACGUCAAAGGCAAAGCGCAAAACACGUGCUAGCACUAUGAAGACAACCAACGCAUGCAGCAAUGACGGCUUGGAUCUAACGCUGCAAACCCAGCAGCAAUCGCCUUAUAACGAACCGCGCGUGCAGCUCGCAAUUUUGAUGCUGAUCCAGAUACUUCUCCUGCUGUUGCAAAUAUUGCUUUCUGCUUUCGUCGCGUUUUCAUGGGAGGUGAUAAGCGUGCUUAUUUUAAGCAGUUCUCAUGUGCUCUGGACCCUUGGCCAAGUGCGACGACAACUACUUUCUCGCCGCGUAAUCAGACCCACGGACCCAAAACUCAAGAUCGUGUAG